CAUGCUCACGCUCAUGAAUAUGCACGCUUCGACAUGAUGGUGCCAAAGAUGCAAUUCAUAUAGAGACUUGACUGGUGCCUAUGCGGCGAAAGCUGCUAGUCCACACCGCAUGCUGAGCGGCCGGCUUUAGACUACAACGCUCGAUACAAACGAACUUUGGUCGCUUGCUCUAGAAAAGGUCACAUUAAGGUCCUGCCCCCCAGGGUUUGCUUGGUUAGUCGGCACGCCACAUCCAACUCCACUGGCACCCCUUGUCCUUGACCUAUCCAGUUCUGGUGGACAGUGCCGUGGCCAGGCAGAUGGCGCUGCUAAAGAUGUCUCUGGGCGUGGCCCUGGUGGCUAUCACGUUGCACUACUUUGGGAUCACACCGCCAAUACCGGGCCUGGAGUUCUUAUCUCCGCGCUUGAGUGGCAACGGCAUGGGCGCAGGCAGCAUUAACACGGGCAAGCUGCUUUCCGACCUAAACAGUGAUGUGAUGCCACAACACGCACACCAGCACGGCGCGGCACAUGGCAAUACCCCAGGGGCCAGCCACGGGAGCGGCAUGUCAGACGAGAAGGGCGACCCGCUGGUGAGCCUGCAGCGCAGCGCCUCAGCGGCUCUGUCCGUCAUGUACCUUGCGUCCAUGCCAGGGCUGCGGGACCAGGUCAAGGCGGCGCCAGGUGUGAUCGAGUCGCUGGCCCGGCGUGUGCUGACGGUGGACCUGGAUCUGGCCAAACAGGUGGUGAUGCACCAGCAGGCCGCAAUGCAGCGAUCACAGCAGCAGGGGCAGGACCAGCAGCAGCGGGCGGCGGGGGCUGCGCCGCCGCCUGAGCUGGUGUCGGUGGGGCUGCUGGCGCUGGCCAAGCUGGCGGCACCGGACACGGCGCUGCAGGGGUGGCUGCUGGGCGGCAGCGGCCGCGGCGCUGGCGCGGGGGUAGCCCGCGCGCGCCUGGCCGAGGGGCUGGUGCUGUCGCGCGUGGACGAGGUCAUGCGCUCAGGCGUGCCGUCCUGGCAGGCAGCGGCUGCGGUGCUGCUGCACUCGCUGGCGGGGCCGGGCACGGGCCAGCGCUCGGUGCGGGCCUGGGUGGCGGCGCGCACGGAGGGCCUCAUCGACGUGGGCAUGGGGCUGUUGGAGACAGGCGCCUUCAUGAACAGCACGGACGCGCUGUCGUCUGGCGCACAGCUGCUGGAGCUGGUGGCGGCAGGGCCGGCCGGCCGCCAGCAAUUGGUGGCCAGCGGCGUGCAGCCGGUCAUUCUGCAGGUGCUGCUGACGUAUACCGGCACCAACGGCACCAGCGCUGCAGUGGGCAAUGCGGUGCGGCUGCUACGGCAGCUCAUGGCGCCGUCAGCAAGUGGUAGCGGCAGCACUGGAGAUGCAGCAGGGCAGGCAGCGGCGGCGGAGCUGAUGCACAACGUCACACAUGCGGGCCUGGUGGCGCCAUUGGUGCGGGAGGUGCGCCUUGGCAACCGGGCCAGCCUUGCCCCUGCGCUGGUGCUGCUGCUCGACAUCAUGCGGGCCGCACCUGCUCCAGAUUCCGGCACCAACAAUGAUAGCGACAGCGGUGGUAGCGGCACUGCGAACGACUCGGCACACGAGGCAGUUGGCACGGGGCUGCUGUCCCUAUGCGCACAGCUGCUGUUUCAGGCGGACGGCAGCUCUGACCCGGAUGCGCUGGUGGCUUGCUCGGAGAUUGUGCGGCACACGCUGCGCAACUGCAAGGACGCCAACCGGCCUGCGCCGCGGCGGAUGGACCUAGAUGGAGAGGAAGCUGCUGCAGAGCAAUCUGAAGGCGCCGGCAAGGCGACGCAUGAGGGGGCUUCGGCCAGCGGCAAGCAGCAGCAGCAGCAGCAGCAGCAGCAGCCAGGCGGUGCCUACACGAACACGGCGCAGGCCCGGCAGCAGCUGGCGGCUGACCUUCUUCAGAUGAUGCGGGACACCACGUUUCCGGACUUACACAAUGCCGUGCUGGAGGCGUGCCGUGAUGUGGCGCCAUCGCGCGUGGCCGCGGAGGCGCUGGUGGCAGCGGGCGCGGUACCGCAGGUGGCGCACAUCCUGAUGCACAACGUGUCACAGAGCCAUGAGCAGGGCGUGGACCCCGGAAGCACGGCUUGGAUUGUGCAGAGCCAGCGCUCUGCGGCCGCGCUGGUGGCGCUGCUAGCGCUGCAGCCGCCGCUGCGGCAGCAGGUGGUGGAGCAGGGUGGGCUCAAGGGACUGGCGGCGGCGCUGAUGCUGAACUCUGGCCACCCGGGCCUCAUGGCGCAAGUGCGCGUCACCGCCGCGGCGGCGCUCGUUCCUCUGCUAGGCGAGGAUGGGCGCUAUCUGGAGCUCGCGGUGCACCUGGGCGUGUUGGAGCCGCUGGUCAAAAUGUACUUUGCCACUAGCGAGCAGGAGCGGCGUGCAGCCGGGCGCGUUCUCACGUUGUUGGGCCAGGACACCUCCGUGGCAGCCAUGUUUGAGCGUGUGGGCAUCAAAGUUUGAACUGACUGAGCUCAGUAGCCAGAAUCUGUAAGGAUGAAGCCUAAAAAAACAGGAUUGGGCACUUCCUUGUCAGAUACGGUAUGGACGUUACAAUGAAGGGAAUCGGGCAUGGGGAACACGACGCACGUGGAUACCGUAACAGUGUCACUCGCGACUUCGGUCGCUCUCAUCCAGCUCCGGUCGAUAAGCCGUGGGCUAACUUCAAGGCAACGGCUGUAAAGCUUGGGUGGGCUCGAGGCAAAGCCCGCUGGGUGGCCCGCCCAGGUUAGCCCCAGGUGGAUUAGCCGGUGGCCCACCCGCGGUGAGGCCUGCUAUCGCUCCUGAACGGGUUAACGGAACCCAGAUAAACUUUACCAGAG